UGACUCCUCCCCUUCUGCUGCCAUGGAGGUCGCGCGCGAGGCGCCCGCACAGGCGCUGUUCACUUGGGGAGCAAAUAGUUAUGGCCAGCUUGGUCUUGGUCACAAAGAAGAUGUAUUGCUGCCUCAGGCUCUGAAAGGAUUUCUUUGUAAUUGGGAAACCAUCAAAAACAUGACUGGUGGAGGUGGACAUUCUGCAGUUGUUACCGAUACUGGAGAACUCUUUUUAUGUGGCCAGAAUAAAAAUGGACAGUUAGGACUUGGCCAUACUGAAGAUGUGACACAUUUCACGUUAUGCUCUUCCCUGUGUGGCUGUCCUGUCAUACAAGUUGCCUGUGGCUGGGAUUUUACAAUUAUACUUGCAGGCAAUGGGCAGGUGUUUUCAUGUGGAUCUAAUUCAUUUGGACAAUUGGGAAUUUCUCUGACUUCUGGAGGAAGCACAGUCCCAAAGAGGAUUGAGUCUUUACAGGAGAAGGUGGUAAAUGUGGCUGCUGGACUGAGACAUGCACUUGCUGUCACUGAAAAUGGUUCAGUGUUCCAGUGGGGAAUUGGUAUGUCAUCUCAGGCAAAGCGGGCAUGCCAAGCAGAAAUGGUUCCAUCCUUUCUGAGGGCAAGAGAACCGUGCAAAGUAACAGGUCUGGAAGAUACCAAGGUGAAGAGUGUUGCAUCUGGCUCAUACCAUGCUGCAGCACUCACAGAUGAAGGAGAGUUAUAUGUUUGGGGAAAUAACAAACACAAACAGUUAGUGAACAAAGGUGACUUUAUUCUGAAACCUCAGAAGAUAGAUGCACAUUAUUUUGGAGGUGAAAAAGUCAGAAGAGUGUGGAAUGGAUGGACACAUAUGGUGGCACAAACAGAAAUGGGGAAGGUCUUUACAUGGGGCAGAGUAGACUAUGCUCAGCUUGGACGAAGUGGGCUACCAUAUGAACAGAUGGACCAGGAUGUGAAGGGAUUCAAUGAACACUGUGUGAAAGAACCUCUCCAUUCUCCUGCUAUAGUACCUGCCCUCACUGGAGCAUCUCAGAUUGCAUGUGGUUCAGAACAUAAUCUAGCAAUAGUUGGUGGCCAGUGUUUUUCCUGGGGGUGGAAUGAACACGGGAUGUGUGGCAAUGGAACAGAAGCAAACGUUUGUACCCCGCAACCCGUAGAAGUCCUUGGUUCAGCAAAGUUGCUUUACAUUGGAUGUGGAGCUGGCCAUUCCAUGGCCUUUUGCCAUUUCCCAGACAAACCUUUUGCAAUAGGAGUGUCAACAUAGUUUUGAAUUUUAUAGGGUUUGUGCGCUAAACAGUUAUGUGAAAAUUGGGGACAAAUGGAUGCUGGAUUAAAAGCAAAUAAAAAGAAUGCUUGCUUUUUUAAAAA